UUACGUAUUUCCGGUGGCCAUCAGCUUUCCUUCAAGCCGUUCGGCGGACAAGAGCGAGGAGAAAAAAACCAGAAUGCUGGCCACCAGAGCCCUUCGCCUUGUUGGCAAACGUGCCAUUUCCACAUCUGUCUGUGUACGUGGAGGACAUGGUGUUGCUAAAGUAGAAGACUAUACUCUUCCUGCCUACUUUGAUAGGCGGGAGAAUCCGCUACCUGACAUCUGCUAUGUGCAGAACCUGAGUGCAGAGCAGAAGUCCCUGAAAGAGAAGGAGAAGGGCUCCUGGGCUGCGCUGUCCAAUGAGGAGAAGGUUGCAUUGUACCGCAUCAGCUUCAAUCAGAGCUUUGCUGAGAUGAACAAGGGAACACAAGAGUGGAAGAGCACUGUUGCAGGAAUUCUGUUCUUUAUCGGCUUAACUGGCCUGGUUGUUCUCUGGCAGAGGAAGUUUGUGUAUGGACCUGUCCCACACACAUUUGAAGCUGAGUACAAAGAGAAGGAGCUGCAGAGGAUGCUGGACAUGAGAAUCAACCCAGUGGAGGGCUUUGCUGCCAAGUGGGACUACGAAAACAAGCAGUGGAAAAAGUAACUUUCAGAUCCAGAGGACCAUUUCACAUACUUGAAGAAAAAGGCAGACCAACUCAAAGAUACAAGAAUCCUUAUAUUUCUGUAUUUAUCACUUGUUCACAUUACCUCAGUCUGUGCAUUUUGGAAGGCCUCUUCCUCCUAAGGUCAUUGUGUAUUAUAGAAAUGAGAAUAAAAGUUGCUAAACUCAUAAAA